AUGUCGGCCGCCGGAGAGGGGCUGAUCCGGGGCCUGUUGGAGGGGUGUAUCUCCGCCGGAGACAUGGGGAUCGAGCGCCGGCCCUACCACAAGAACUGCAAAUGCGCCCUCCACAAGGACCGCCGCAGCCGGUGCGCGCACUCCGCUGCCCACAAGAGUAUCUCAUACCCUAUGCGCCGGACAUGGAGUGAAGGAUGCCUCGCGAUUAUGGCCAACGCGCCGCCGUCUAAUUCCUCCCCCACGUCGCCGCUCCCCGUCUCUCCCUCCGGCGCCGCGUCGGGGACGACGAUCACGCGGGCGCAGACGCAUUUGAAUCUGUGCGAUCAUGAUCGAUCGAGAGAAUCACAAUGA